CGCGCAUGCGUCAAAAACCCGGUUAGCCUCGCAGCUGAUACAAAUAUGAAGUUUAUCUUUUUUAAUGAAAAAUCAGGAAAUUUAUGGUCUAGUCUCUUUAUGAAUACUUUAUAAAAAGUGCAUUUUAAUGUUUGAGCAGUGAAAUGUUAUUGAAUGCAUCAGAAAAAGAGUACAAAAUGGAUAAGAAAUGUUCGCCUGAAGAAAUUGAAAAGAAGCGUUUGCAGGCAUUGGCAAGGAAGCAACAGUCCCAAUUAAACACACAAACUACACCCAGAAAUAGUCCCAUGCAACAGCCAAAUCAUAAUAAUAGUACAAAUGUUAUGAGAUCAAUUAGGAAGAAUAAUCGUUUCAAUCCUAUAGAAACAAAAAACUUUUUCAGUCGAACUUCAGUAUUAACAGGCAAAUGUUAUAUGAUCAGCAACGAGAGAUUUGCAUUAGAAAUAUCUUCAUUUGUACCUGCAGUUAUUGAAACAUUUAAAACACUACCGAGUAGAGCAUAUGGUUAUUUGAAUGUAAAAUCUAGAAUAUGGAAUUUUCAUAUCAAUGAAUAUGACACUUUAAUGCAGAAACUAAUCCCUCAUGAAUCUAAUAUAUCUAUCACUCAAAUACCACAGACUAUUCUCCAGAUAUUUAAAAAAAGCUUACAGUCGGAUCACAAAAAUAUACUCAAACAGGACCUAUCAAAAAUUGACAAAAAAUUAGUAGAUAGUUUAAUGCCCUUUCAACGAGAUGGCAUUUGCUUUGGUAUAUCAAAAAGUGGUCGUUGCAUGAUAGCAGAUGAUAUGGGUUUAGGAAAAACUAUACAAGCAUUAGGCAUAGCACAUUACUUUCAAGAAAGUUGGCCACUUUUAAUUAUAGUUCCUUCAUCAGUUAGGUAUCAAUGGUCUGAAACAAUAUAUGAAUACUUACCAUCUCUACCUAUGCAUUAUGUUCGUCAUUUUACAAGUGGAAAAGAUUGUAUUGAAGAUGCUAAAAUCAUUAUAAUUUCGUAUGAUAUAUUAAUACGAGCUGUAAAUAUUCUUGAGAAACAUAUUUUUGGAUUUGUUAUUUUGGAUGAAUCUCACAUGUUGAAGAGCAAUAAGACUAUUAGAUUUCAAGCUGCUCAAAAAAUAUGUGUCCAUGCGCGUCAUGUUGUAUUGCUUACUGGGACUCCAGCUUUGUCAAGGCCGAUUGAAUUGCAUUCCCAAAUUAGUUUGAUUUUGCCACGUUUUAUAAGAUAUGAAGAUUAUGGUAUACGAUACUGCGCAGGGCAGAAAAAUGUGUUUGGUUGGGACUUUACAGGUUCUUCAAAUAUGCAAGAGUUACAAUUAUUGCUGAAGACCACUUGCAUGAUUCGAAGAUUGAAAUCUGAUGUGUUAAGUCAGUUGCCAUCUAAAACAAGGCAAGUAAUCAUUUUAGAUUCAGAUUUGAUCAACACUCAUAAGCGAAUGAACGAAAUGGCGAAAAAACUGAAAAAUAAUACAAGUUUAGAGCAUAAUACUCUUUUGCAAUAUUACACUGAAUCCAGUUUUGUAAGAUUAAAAGCAGUAUGCAAUUAUGUUACCAAUUUAUUUGAAAAUAAAAGGAAAUGCCUUUUGUAUGCUCAUCAUCAAAAUAUUUUGGAUGCUAUUUGCAAUGUCGCUGAAUCUAUGAAAAUAAAAUAUAUAAGAAUAGAUGGUAAAACUAAUUCGGAGCAGAGAAAACACCAAAUUGAUCAAUUUCAAGAACGGGAUGAUUAUUUGGCAGCAGUUUUAUCAAUUACUGCUGCAAACGCAGGUGUUACAUUAACGGCCGCGAAUCUCGUAGUCUUCACCGAAUUAUUCUGGAAUCCUGGUAUUUUAUGCCAAGCGGAAGACAGAGUGCAUAGAAUAGGGCAAAACGAUAAUGUUAUAAUACAAUAUUUGGUGGCGAGAAAUACCGCAGACGAUUACAUAUGGCCUUUGAUAAAAAAUAAGCUGCAUGUUCUGAAUGCGGCUGGUCUUGAUCAAGAUUUAUCGAUAGACAGUGUUGAUACGACAGUGCAGAAAAAACGUGGACAACAAGAUCUGACUUCCUUUUUGAAUACCUCUUUAUCGCUGGAAAAGCAGUCGCAAUCACAGGAAAAUAAGCAAAAAAAUGAUUCAAGUCCAGAAGCGUCUACUUCGACAAAUGAUUUUAAACAAUUACUCGAAAUCGACGAGGAAUGUUUCGAUUCCUGCAGCUGGGACGAUAUUGCUUAAAUGUGUAAUGGUUAUUAAAUGUCCUCUAUUUUUUUAUGAAAAAAAAAACUAUUUGCUAUGUUAAAUAAAAAUAAAAAUCUGUCAUCCUUAAAUGAAAGUUUAUACAAGUGUCACAGUAUGAGUAUGUUUUUUGAAAUUUUUUUCUAAAUUAU